AUGUCUUCCUCUGCACAUUGUUUCGGGACCAACUUCCUUGGGCGCCUUAAAAGCCCCAUCUGUAGCUCCAAUGCUGAGCAAGAUGACCACCAUCUGCCCAAGUUUGAGCCCUUUGGGGAGGAUGUGGCAGUGCCCCGUGGACCCUCCAGUGAUGGUACAAGAUAAAUAGAAUAAGUGUUGGGAGUGUGUGUGUGUGUGUGUGUGUGUGUGUGUGUGUGUGUGUGUGUGUGUGUGUGUGUGUGUGUGUGUGUGUGUGUGUGUGUGUGUGUGUGUGUGGUAAGUGAGUGAGUGAGUAAGUGAGAAAGAGAGCGUGAACGAGUGAAUUCUGUGUAAGCCAUAAGUAAGUGAUCAUAUUAAAUCUGUGUAAUCACAUUAAAAUACAACAACAAAAAAUUGCUGCACCCCUUCUUACCCAAGUCCUUGGCCGUCUAUAAUAAAUAACAUCAACACACAUUAAUUACACAGCAAAUAUAUAUGAACACAGUGUUUAAUGAACACUGAAACCGCUGAGUCUGUGGGCACAUAUAAAUUAACACACUGCUUUGUGUAAUGCCUUAUUCAAAUAUUUCCCAGAGUGCUUUGCCUUUCAAGUAAAUUGUAGAGUUACCACUCAUGAUUGCAUUUGUUAGUGACAGAGACACGGUUGUUGCAUUCAAUCGUUUUUGGUCUUAGGGACUUCACCACUUGAGAUAUAUAUAUAAGACCUUAUGAAAAACAUAUUGUAUUGUGUUAUAUAUAUUUUGAGGGCCUAGUAUUACCCUAAUACUAUUGAUGUUACGUUUGAUGCCGGAGCUCCGAGGCAUGCUCCGUAAUCUUUAAGCAUUGUACUUUGAAGUAGUGUGCCGAUGCCUGUAUCACUUUAUCAGAAGCACUUGAUCAAUGACGUCUGAAGAAUCGUUUUGUCAAACAACGACCUGAUUGGUUUGAUAUUGGUUUGGUGAAAGACAAAAAGGCUACGCUGCCCACAUCAAUAAUAAUUUGGCUGCUCUAAAUUAUUUUGACCAGCAGGUGCCACUAGUGUACUCUAUGUUGAUCGAAGCCUAGAGUAAUUAACCCAUUUGACACAAUUUGCUGGAAAACCUCAAUGAUUCAGGAAGCUUUGUUUCCCCAUCACUAUCACAUCGUUAUCAGGUUUUUCAGCAUGCUCUGUUGCAGGUGAAUUUUUUGAAUUGUUUGUUUCAAUGUCUAUGUUUGUGUAUUGAUUGACUGAUUCAUUCAUACUUUUUUUUAAAUUCCAAAAGUUGGUUAUCCCCACCGUGGCUGUAUUCCAAUAGGAAUUGUACAUCACCUUGCAAGCCAGCAUAAUGUGACUUGCAUCCCAGAUGUGGCCUGUAAACCAUGAGUUUCAGGAUUAGAUUUCCUACAGCAGGGUUGCCCAACCCUGUUUCUGGAGAGCUACCCUCCUGUAGGUUUUCGCUCCAACCCCAGGUGUUACUAACCUGAUUCAUCUUAUCAACCUGCUAAUUAUUAGAAUCAGGUGUGUUAGAUUAGGGUUGGAGCAAAAACCUACAGGACGGUAGCUCUACAUGAACAGGGUUGGGCAGUCCUGUCCUAAAAGGUUACAAACGCUUGUCACUGUAGUGCAGGGUUCUUCAAUUCCGGUCCUGGAGGGCCGAAACGCUUCUGUUUUUUAUUUGUACCUGGUAGUUAAUUGCACUCACCUUGUGUCCCAGGUCUGAAUUAGCCCCUGAUUAGAAGGAGAGGAUGGAAAACAGAGGUGUUUCGGCCCUCCAGGACCGGAAUUGAAGAACCCUGCUGUAGUGGUACCCUGUAAGGCAGGGGUGUCAAACUCAUUCCAUGGAGGGCCUAGUGCCUGCUGGUCUUUGGUUUUUCCUUUCAAUUAAGACCUAGACAACCAGGUGAGGGGAGUUCCUUACUAAUUAGUGACCUUACUUCAUCAAUCAAGUACAAGGGAAAAGCAAAACCCACAGAUUAUUGGCCUGCCGUGGAAUGAAUUUGACAUGCGCUGUAAGGUCAUCCUGUGUACAUUCAGUUAUAAGUCCAUAAUUGGUAGGCAGGUAGCCUAGUGGUUAAGAGCGUUGGGCCAGUAACCAAAAGGUUGCUGGUUUGAAUCCCUGAGCCAACUAAGUGAAAAAUGUGCUGUUGAGCAAGGCACUUCACCCUAAUUGCUCUGGAUAAGAGCGUCUGCUAAAUGACUUAAAUAAAAAAUUGAAUUGUACCCCAGCUCAUACCUCAGGUUUGCAAAAUUCAGUUGACUUUGAAAAAACUCUAAAAUGAUGUUGGAGGUGAUUUAUGGAAGAGAAAUGAACAUUCAAUAUUCUGACAACAGCUCUGGUGGACAUUCCUGCAGUCAGCAUGCCAAUUGCAUGCUUCCUCAAAACUUGAGACAUCUGUGGCAUUGUGUUGUGUGACAAAAGUGCACCUUUAUUGUCCCCAGCAUAAGGUGCACCUGUGUAAUGAUCCUGCUGUUUAAUCAGCUUUUUGAUAUGCCACACCUGUCAGGUGGAUGGAUUAUCUUGGCGAAGGAGAAAUGCUCACUAACAGGGAUGUAAACAAAUUUGUGCACAAAAUCUGAUAUGCCACACCUGUCAGGUGGAUGGAUUAUCUUGGCGAAGGAGAAAUGCUCACUAACAGGGAUGUAAACAAAUUUGUGCACAAAAUCUGAUAUGCCACACCUGUCAGGUGGAUGGAUUAUCUUGGCGAAGGAGAAAUGCUCACUAACAGGGAUGUAAACAAAUUUGUGCACUAAAUCUGAUAUGCCACACUUGUCAGGUGGAUGGAUUAUCUUGGCGAAGGAAAUGCUCACUAACAGGGAUGUAAACAAAUUUGGCCACAAAAUCUGAGAGAAAUACGCUUUUUGUGUGUAUGGAACAUUUCUGGAAUCUUUUAUUUCAGCUCAUGAAACAUGUUGUGUUUAUAUUUUUGUUCAGUUUAUAUAUAUAUUUUUUAAUGAUAACAUAUUCUCUUGGAAUCUCACUUAUAACACCCACAUGACUGAAACUGGAUGAAUGCAACAACAAUGUCUCUGUCACUAACAAAUACAGUCAUGGGUGGUAACUGUACAAUUUACUCAAAAGGCAAGGCACUCUGGGAAAUAUUUGAAUAAGGCUUUAGACUAAGCAUUGUGUUCAUUUAACUCUGCUCCGGUGUCAAUAUUGGUCCACAGACUCAACACUUUCUGUGUUGAUUUAACACUCCCAGUGUUCAAUUAUUUAAAAAAUUACUGCUGUGUAGGCCCACAGGUUUGUUGUGUGCCAACUCUGCUCGGUCGAGGUCAGCAGAAAUCCUUGUUCCCAUUUUGACUUCACACUCAGACCUGACGUCCUCAAAAGCAAAACAUUUAAUUUCUCUGUGUUAAAUAAAGAUUUAAAACGCAGCUGUCCAUUUUGGCACAAUGUGGUGUGAGAAACGGCACUGUUUCUCCUGAGGGAAAUAAUGGAACUUUUGAACGUUCAGUCUUGCUGAGGCCAGGAGUUUGAAAUACACAACGACCGGUUGUUUGUCUGCUCAACCUGGGCACCAACAUGGCUGGGCAUGCCGCUGCCAAUCCAAUGGAGACAUUCCCCUCAGACACACUCCCCCUAGGUCUCUGCUAAAGCAAAAGCGUGUCUCAGGACACGUCCAUCUCUGUCCAAAACAAAGUCGCUGGUACAGUGAGGCUUCCAUUUGAUUACCCUGGGGAAAGUGUGGUUGGUUGCAUAUAAUUAUUUCAGAAAAUGAACAAUGACUCAGACGCUAUUCAUUGAUGACAAUGUAUACCAGCUUUAAGAUUCAAAGCAAUCUUAUCAUCCCUUAAAUUGGUCCAAUCACAGCUCAUGUGUGGAGAGUGCUCUAGAGCAAAAUGGCUGCCAUGCCUCAACCAGGUGGGCUGCUACACAAUAGUGAUGGAUGGGAGUGAGUUACCCAUACAAAGUAAAUUACUGUGAGAUUUAAAGGGAUAGUUCACUUCUUUGAUGUUUUUUAAAACAUUUUCAUCUUUGUGUUGUCGUUUCAUCCAAACCAUUUUUUUAUUUACUACCUGGAUAUUUAAACAUAAUUGUUUUGUCUGUGAUCUCCUUAUUUGCAGCCGCCUUAAAAUGUGUGAGUGUGGACAUGAUGCAAAAUGAGAACAAGAGGGACCACCACUGUCACUUGUACGAAGGCAAAAACAACAUUCUAAUCGUCCGUAGGGCCCAGGAGUUUAAGAUGAACCUCCAUUUCAACCAGCCUGUAAAACCCAGCGACAAAUUUCAGAUUGAGUUUUACAUUGGUAAGAAGUUUUUACACAUUUCCACCAAUGUACUAUAAAUUCCUUUCUGCUGGGUAAAAAUGGCAUUACAUGUAUUGUUUGAAUUCACUGAGGGUGAUCUAUUAAUUACAGUGUUCACAAUUUGGUAAUAGUUUUAAUGAGAGGAGUUGGUGUUUCAGAGGCGAAGGUGCAUCUCAAUAAUACAAUUGUUCCUCCCCUAGUCUCCUCUCCAUCAUCUGUGUUUAGCCUCUGUAGCCAAUUAGAACCACUAAUUGAUAAAAGUGCCAGGUUGAAACGAAAACAGACAAUUGACGUGUUCCAUCUAAACGUCUGUAACAUCUAUUGAUAGUAAUCACACUUCGGAAGAAGGGUGUAAAAUAUGGACUUGUCCAGGAUCUCUCUCUGAGGAGGGGGCGUACAAUGACAGAGUGCUCUUUGAUGAGUGUCAGCCCAUGUGUCAAACAGCAAAUCAAAUACUUCCAAUUAGCAUGAUCAAGCGCUGGAAACCAAAUAGUCCAUUGACGGUUUACCAUCAGAUCAUUAGCCGCAUGUAAUUACCAGUGUUAGAAGACACACACAUUAUACUGUAUGCUUACAUCAUACUGAGACGGGAAUUGAUGAAAAGAGUUGCCGCUCUAUGUGCUCGAUUCAACCCAUAUGGCGGAAGUUCCGUGGUAUAGCGCGAUUGAAAUGUAAAGAUCAUUUCCGAUUGAGCCGACAUAUGCAGCGUUUACUGUGAAUGCACUCACCGCGAAGGCGCUAUACCGCGUAACUUCUGCGAUACGGAUUGAAUCGAGCCCUAGGUUUUAGUGUCAGUUACAAAACUGAAAUAUGCCCACUAAGGACUGUAUGUGCAUCUACAGCAGCUUACUAGAAGCAGCCUAGCAAUCCAUCUGCAGUUAAUGGUUUGCAGUGGUGUGAAGUAACUAAGUAAAAAUACUUUGAAGUACAACUUUUUCAGGUAUCUGUACUUUUGUAAAUUAUGUCUGAGUGUUGGACGUGUGCCCCUGGCUGUACUUAAGUACAUUUAAAACCAGAUACUUUUAGACUUUUAUUCAAGUAUUGUUUUACUGGGUGACUUUCACUUUUACUUGAGUCCUUUUCUAUUAAGGUACCUUUACUUUUACUCAAAUAUAAUAAUGUAGUACUUUUUGGUGAUGGCUGAUGGUUUGUUGCAUUCCAGGUAAUCUUUAUUGCAGUCGUGGUGCACAGACUAGCGCCUAUCUUCUGUAAUGUUGUUGUGAUAUUGAGCAGACCUCGACUUGUGUUGGUUGAUGCACUGUUCACUCAACAACUAAACAGUUUUUUUGGUAGCACUUUAUUUUACAGUACAGAAAAUUAUAAGGUAUUAUUCUUUUUUUAAACACGGUAACAUAAUAAUAACACAGUAAUAACUUAUGAUUUACUUGCUUUGUUUCUUCAAACUCAUUAAAACAAGUAACGACUUGGUACCAUUUGUUACCGACUGGGGUUAAUUAUUUUAAGAAAGUACCAGAAAGUAUAAAUUGUUAACACAUAACGUCAUAUUAAAUACUAAGAUAGUACCAGUGGAAACAUGAGUGUCUGCAUGUGUUGACGUUUCCCCUGUCAUGUCACCUUCUCCCUCAGGUAUCGAUACCAACGUGAUGAAUGGUACAAAGAUCAUCAUAUCCUUUGAUAGCUCAAGAAAUGGGAAGUGGACCGGCCGCAUGAUACAGAAACUAGGGGACAAGUGCGUGGUGGGCAUCACCCCUUCCGCGAGCGCCAUCAUCGGAAAGUACUACACGAAUGUGGCGGUCAUCGGUUCCAAUGGAAUCUCCAGGACACCAAAGGACCCCAGAACUGACUUCUACCUCCUGUUCAACGCCUGGGCGUUCAGUGAGUGGAAUUUUUUGUUGUUAUUUUUUUACCCAGGACCAAGUUGGUUCUCCUCUGAGGAUGGCUUAAGGUAAAUCAUGUCAAACCAUGUGUUUUUGGAAUACUUCACAUGUGAUGAUAUUUCACAUAAAGUUUCACAUGUGAAUUUUCAUACGAUCACAUAACCUUUCACAUGUAGUUUAACAUUUUGAAGGAGUGUCCACAUACUUUUGUAUAUAUAGUGUAUUUGACACACUUUGACAGACAUCAUUCCAUUCUGUAUGUUUAUACAUUAAUUGUAAUUCACCACAUCCUCGUUGGGGUUUGAAUUCACAACCUUUUGGUUCACAGUAGUCCGAUCUUCCUGCUACGCCAACAUGUCUGUGUCAAUUAAUGAUUUCACCUGUAUUCCUACACUUUGGACUUAAGUAAAGUAAACCUAAGCUUUGUUAAAAAUACGCUCAAGAAAAAUAAGUACAUUUAUCAUAGUGAUUCAGGAGUAACAUUAAAACAGAGUAAUAUGCCCCACCAACAUUAGACAACUAUACAGAAAACCCCUCAAAUUGCUGAAAUAAGUAAAUGGAAUAAAUGAUGAGAGAAUAGUCAGAUUAACAGUUAACUAAAAUAGAAGUGCAGAUGGCACUCUUUUGCCAAGUGGAGAGAUGUACAGUAUUAUAGGUAAUGAAUGUGUAAAGGAAUGCUACAGACUUUGUGUUGCAGCAGAACGAUCAGCAUAUCCCAAAUCCAGAGGUUGUGAGUUCAAAUUCCAGGUGGGGUCAUAUUGAAAAGUCAGUACUAAGUGAUUAUGUCAAAUGGAAUUAUAUGUUUUAUACUAUUUUAGCAGAACAGCGUACCACUUACUUUAAAACCCCCAUAUAAUUUCAAUCCCUUAUAAAAACUACUUGUGAAAUGUGCAGUUUCACAUUUGAAAAUCGUAUUUCUACAGGAGAAAUCACAUUUUUACUUAGCUGAACUUUUCACAUGUAAAAAAAGACCAUAUGUGAAACUGCAAAAAAAAAAAAAAAAAUGCACCACCUUUUCACAUAAGGAGAAUUCACAUGUAAAAAUGUGUAGGUUUUUCAUUUGCAGUUUCACAUAUGGUAUCUCUUUUUUUUAUGCAACAUUUUCAGUUUUUUUUAACCAUAUGUUCACAUUUAUUCAAUUUAGAGUUCACGUGUUAACACCAUCUUCUCAUAUGUGUGGAGAAUAACAUGUUUUCACCUCACAUGUGAAAAUCGAAUUUGCACUUUUGUUUUUCAAUUUCGCAUGUGAAAAACUGUGUUGAAAUUUUGUUUAUUUAUUUCACAUGAGAUCAUGUUUUCACAUGUAGUUUCAUUUUAUCACGUUUCUUCUGAUACAUGCACACACACACUACAAGUUAAUGUAUUUUCCGUUAUGUGUCAGACCCCAGUAAGACUAUCUGUCGCCAUUGGCGUCGGCUAAUGGGGAUCCUAAUAAAUCAAAUAGGAAAUAUUUUAUAUGUUGUCAAAUGUUAUCACAUUAACUUCACAUGCAAUCACGAAAAAAUUAAUGUGGUUUUUGUGUAAGGGACAUUAUUAAAAUGAACACUGACUACAGUGGGGGAAAAAAGUAUUUAGUCAGCCACCAAUUGAGCAUGUUCUCCCAAUUAAAAAGAUGAGAGAGGCCUGUAAUUUUCAUCAUAGGUACACGUCAACUAUGACAGACAAAUUGAGAGAAAAAAUUCCAGAAAAUCACAUUGUAGGAUUUUUAAUGAAUUUAUUUGCAAAUUAUGGUGGAAAAUAAGUAUUUGGUCACCUACAAACAAGCAAGAUUUCUGGCUCUCACAGACCUGUAACUUCUUCUUUAAGAGGCUCCUCUGUCCUCCACUCAUUACCUGUAUUAAUGGCACCUGUUUGAACUUGUUAUCAGUAUAAAAGACACCUGUCCACAACCUCAAACAGUCACACUCCAAACUCCACUAUGGCCAAGAUUAAAGAAACAAAAUUGUAGACCUGCACCAGGCUGGGAAGACUGAAUCUGCAAUAGGUAAGCAGCUUGGUUUGAAGAAAUCAACUGUGGGAGCAAUUAUUAGGAAAUGGAAGACAUUCAAGAACACUGAUAAUCUCCCUCGAUCUGGGGCUCCACGCAAGAUCUCACCCGUGGGGUCAAAAUGAUCACAAAAACGGUGAGCAAAAAUCCCAGAACCACACGGGGGGACCUAGUGAAUGACCUGCAGAGAGCUGGGACCAAAGUAACAAAGCCUACCAUCAGUAACACACUACGCCGCCAGGGACUCAAAUCCUGCAGUGCGAGACGUGUCCCCCUGCUUAAGCCAGUACAUGUCCAGGCCCAUCUGAAGUUUGCUAGAGUGCAUUUGGAUGAUCCAGAAGAGGAUUGGGAGAAUGUCAUAUGGUCAGAUUAAACCAAAAUAUAACAUUUAGGUAAAAACUCAACUCGUCGUGUUUGGAGGACAAAGAAUGCUGAGUUGCAUCCAAAGAACACCAUACCUACUGUGAAGCAUGGGGGUGGAAACAUCAUGCUUUGGGGCUGUUUUUCUGCAAAGGGACCAGGACGACUGAUCCGUGUAAAGGAAAGAAUGAAUGGGCCAUGUAUCGUGAGAUUUUGAGUGAAAACCUCCUUCCAUCAGCAAGGGCAUUGAAGAUGAAACGUGGCUGGGUCUUUCAGCAUGACAAUGAUCCCAAACACAAGGCCCAGGCAACGAAGGAGUGGCUUUGUAAGAAGCAUUUCAAGGUCCUGGAGUGGCCUAGCCAGUCUCCAGAUCUCAACCCCAUAGAAAAUCUUUGGAGGGAGUUGAAAGUCCGUGUUGCCCAGCGACAGCCCCAAAACAUCACUGCUCUAGAGGAGAUCUGCAUGGAGGAAUGGGCCAAAAUACCAGCAACAGUGUGUGAAAACCUUGUGAAGACUUACAGAAAAUGUUUUACCUGUGUCAUUGCCAACAAAGGGUAUAUAACAAAGUAUUGAGAAACUUUUGUUAUUGACCAAAUACUUAUUUGCAAAUAAAUUCAUAAAAAAUCCUACAAUAUGAUUUUCUGGAUUUUUUUUCCUCAUUUUGUCUGUCAUAGUUGCCGUGUACCUAUGAUGAAAAUUACAGGCCUCUCUCAUCAUUUUAAGUGGGAGAACUUGCACAAUUGGUGGCUGACUAAAUACUUUUUUCCCCCACUGGAAAUAAGUGUCAGACAUCUAUGGGUCUGCUCAGUAACAUCCCAGGGAAUUCACUGCCCCAAUGUAUGUGUAAUUUUUUACAUGCUGUAAGGAGCCGUUUGGAGUAUUCGGAGAGUGGAACAUUAGCUGUAUGCAAGCUAAGACUGCGACACGAAUAUUCAAUGAUGAACAUCCCAUUCUCAUCCUUACAUUCGUCCCCCUCCCUCUAAGAAAUGUCUUCAUUUCAUGAAUUCAACACUAUACUUGUUUAGGAAAAAGAAAAUUGGAACAUUUCAAUGUUUAAUUUGUUGAUACAUGAUGAUACAAAACAAAUCUGACAGUCAAGAGAUAGCCUGCAUGAAAAGCAUGGUUUGAUUCACACACAAACAAAAUGCAGUUACUUUUUAUUUAUUUUUUAACAGCUCCAGUUAAACACAAAAUGCUACUGACAAAAUACGAAAUAUCAAUAGCCAAUACACCAACAGUGUAAAUGUGAGUGACCACCUUGAUUUGGUCUUAUGUAGCAACAUUUGAAAUUGUGUUUUUUACAUUGGAUAAAAGCAGAGAGAGCUACAAAAUGGUACAUCAUACACUGCAUUUAAGGGAACAAUGGGAAAGUAAUUCUACUUUGAAAGUUGAUGAACUUGUAAUCUCACUUUUGAGAAAAUGGCCUUUGAAUGUUUUAGUGAAGAGCUCUUCUUUGUCUACACCCAUUCAGCAUCGUUCACACCCUCUUAAGCUUUUGUCCCACCCAUCUCGGAGCGCUCUCGGAGCGCACACUUGACGCUCUGGUCAAUGAGUAGGGUUGAUCGGAGCUAUCUGACCUCACAACGGCAGUCAAGCACCCAAGCUAACUGGCUAACAUCGGCUAUCUUGCUAUUUACUUUCAGACACAAAAUUGGGAUUAUGGUUCAUUUUUUACCUCUGGAUAACAUGAAAACAGCCUAACCAGCUCUGCUGUCAACAAUUUAAUUCCACUUUUUUGCCGACGUUUACUGACACCGGCCAUAUUCAACGGGUGUUGUGCGUUGCGCAUACUCAGACUGAAUUUACGAACGCACCCGAAAUGGUUACUUGCAUAGUGGAGUCUUUUGUUAAGACUAGUUAGGUAAACAACGUGUAAGAUCGUACACAUCACAUAACGUUAGCUAGCGAGGCAGCUAACGUUAGCUACCUAGCUAAACAAUGUCCCAUAAUCCCAACUCAUGUCGUUACUACCCUGCAUGAAUCUGCUGGUAGCUAACCAACCAGGUUCAAUGUUAGCUAGCUAACAUUAGGCUCUAACUAGCCAAGCCAAUGGCUCUGAGAUACAAAUAAUAACAUCAGAUACGUAACGUUAGCUAGCGAGCUAGCCAGCUAACGUUAGCUAGCUAGCUAACAGUACUACUUUAACUUGAAAUAAAACCACUUUCUGUCAAAAUUAGAAAGGUGUAAUAUCUGAAAUUGUAGCUAGCUAGACUAUCUUGCCCUUAGUUUGAAGAUGUUUUCUCCAUCUCUUUAGCAUCAUACCCAUAGGGCGGCGCACAAUUGGCCCAGCGUCAUCUGGGUUUUACCGGUGUAGGCCGUCAUUGUAAAUAAGAAUUUGUUCUUAACUGACUUGCCUAGUUAAAUAAAGGUAAAAAAAAAAAAACAACACUCUAAUUCCACUGAUUGCAAAACUCGAUCCUCCAGAAAGUGGAGAGCAACACUUAUGCAGCUCCACUACACAAUAAAAAAAAGGUUUAAGCCGCGUUAGACUGGAUUACCUACACAUACUGACCAGCUCAAAUUGACAGAAGCCUUCUAAAUGGCAGACCAAUCCAAACUCCUCUCUUCAUAUGUCCAGCCCACUCAUUAUCUCAGUCAAUCAUGGCAAGUGGGAAGGUUGCUGUCUUUUUCUGUGCCUUAACCAACAAGGCUCGCAAUGUAACAAUUCUAUUCCUAUUUACAGAUGGCAUACAAGUUUGUUAUUAAGGCACAUGAAAGUUCACAUGUUCCAGAAAGCAUUUCUGCCAAAAAACGCAUUUUGAUAAAAAAAAAAAGUUUAGGUUCAAUUGGCUCUCUGUGAGGUAGUAACCCGCGACAUACGCCUAAUUUCCUGAAACGAGUCACAAAUUCACAUUUAGUAAAUUUUUUCUCUGAUAACGAACUCAAUGAAUUAACUUUUUCACCAAACCAUCGAAGUACACGAGGAUCAGGUGCAGUCUGCAUGCACACAGCAGGCCCACAGUCAUGUGGGAGACGCAUCCCCAAGGCCUCCUUUGGUUACACAUUCAUACAAAAGUCACUCACACAAACAGUAGCCGGUAGCAUAUUUCUCCCAUGCAGCACAAUCCAUAUGCAUAAUCCAUAUGCAUAAUCAGCAGGUCAGAUAGCAAAUCAAAUCAAAUCAAAUGUAAUUUGCCACAUGCACCGAAAACAACAGGUGUAGACAUUACAGUGAAAUGCUUACAAGCUCUUAACCAAUAAUGCAGUAAAAAAAAAAGUGUUAAGUGAAAAAUAGAUAAGCAGAUAACUAAAGAGCAGCAGUAAAAUAAAAUAACAGUAGGGAGGCUAUAUACAGGGGGGUACCAGUACAGAAUCAAUAUGCAGGGGCACCGACUAGUCGAGGUAAUUGAGGAAAUAUGUACAUGUGGGUAGAGUUAAAGUGACUAUGCAUAAAUAAUAAACAGAGUAGUAGCAGCGUAAAAGAGGGGGAUGGGGUGGGGUGGGGUGGGGUGGGGUGGGGGGACAGUGCAAAUAGUCUGGGUAGCCAUGAUUAGCUGUUCAGGAGUCUUACAGCUUGGGGAUAGAAGCUGUUAAGAAGCCUUUUGGACCUAGACUUGGCGCUCCGCUUGCAGUGCGGUAUCAGAGAGAACAGUCUAUGACUAGGGUGGCUGGAGUCCUUGACAAUUUUUAGGGCCUUCCUCUGACACCGCCUGGUGUAGAGGUCCUGGAUAGCAGGAAGCUUGGCCCCAGUGAUGUACUGGGCCGUACGCACUACCCUCUGUAGUGCCUUGCGGUCGGAGGCCGAGCAGUUAUCAUACCAGGCGGUGAUGCAACCAGUCAGGAUGCUCUCGAUGGUGCAGCUGUAUAACUUUUUGAGGAUCUGAGGACCCAUGCCAAAUCUUUUCAGUCUCUCAACCUGUUCCACUACAGCCCCGUCAAUGAGAAUGGGGGCAUGCUCAUUCCUCUUUUUUUUCCUGUAGUCCACAAUCAUCUCAUUUGUCUUGAUCACAUUGAGGGAGAGGUUGUUAUCCUGGCACCUCACGGCCAGGUCUCUGACCUCCUCCCUAUAGGCUGUCUCAUCGUUGUCAGUGAUCAGGCCUACCACUGUUGUGUCGUCGGCAAACUUAAUGAUGGUGUUGGAGUCGUGCCUGUCCAUGCAGUCAUGGGUGAACAGGUACAGGAGGGGACUGAGCAAGCACCACUGAGGGGCCCCUGUGUUGAGCACCACCUGGGGGCGGCCCUUCAGGAAGUCCAGGAUCCAGUUGCAGAGGGAUGUGUAUAGUCCCAGGAUCCUUAGCUUAGUGAUGAGCUUUGCGGGCACUAUGGAGUUGAACGCUGAGCUGUAGUCAAUCAAUAGCAUUCUCACGAAGGUGUUCCUCUUGUCCAGGUGGAAAAGGGCAAUGUGGAGUGCAAUAGAGAUUGCAUCUUCUGUGGAUCUGUUGGGGCGGUAUGCAUAUUGGAGUGGGUCUAGGGUUUCUGGGACAAUGGUGUUGAUGUGAGCCAUGACCAACCUUUCGAAGCAUUUCAUGGCUACAGACGUGAGUGCUACGGGUCGGUCGUCAUUAAGGCAGGUUAUCUUAGUGUCCUUGAGCACAGGGACUAUGGUGGUCUGCUUGAAACAUGUUGGUAUUACAGACUCAGUCAGGGACAUGUUGAAAAUGUCAGUGAAGACACUUGCCAGUUGGUCAGCGCAUGCUCGGAGUACACAUCCUGGUAAUCCGUAUGGCCCUGCGGUCUUGUGAAUGUUGACCUGCUUAAAAGUCUUACUCACGUCGGCUACGGAGAGCGCGAUCACAUAGUCAUCCGGAACAGCUGAUGCUCUCAUGCAUGCUUCAGUUUUGCUUGCCUCGAAGCGAGCAUAGAAGUGAUUUAGCUCGUCUGGUAGGCUUGUGUCACUGGGCAGCUCGCGGCUGUGCUUCCCUUUGUAGUCUGCAAUAGUUUUCAAGCCCUGCCACAUCCGACGAGUGUCAGAGCCGGUGUAGUACGAUUCAAUCUUAGUCCUGUAUUGACUCUUUGCCUGUUUGAUGGUUCGUCGGAGGGCAUAGCGGGAUUUCUUAUAAGCGUCCGGGUUAGAGUCCCGCUCCUUGAAAGCGCGGAUGUUGCCUGGAAUCCAUGGCUUCUGGUUGGGGUAUGUAUGUACGGUCACUGUGGGGACGACGUCAUCGAUGCACUUAUUGAUGAAGCCAGUGACCGAUGUGGUGUACUCCUCAAUGCUAUCUGAAGAAUCCUGGAACAUAUUCCAGUCUGUGCUAGCAAAACAGUCCUGUAGCUUAGCAUCUGCGUCAUCAUACCAAUUUUUUAUUAACCGAGUCACUGGUGCUUCCUGCUUUAGUUUUUGCUUAUAAGCAGGAAUCAGGAGGAUAGAGUUAUGGUCAGAUUUGCCAAAUGGAGGGCGAGGGAGAGCUUUGUAUGCGUCUCUGUGUGUGGAGUAAAGGUGGUCUAGAGUUUUUUUUCCCUCUGGUUGCACAUUUAACAUGCUGGUAGAAAUGAGGUAGAACAGAUUUAAGUUUCUCUGCAUUAAAGUCCCCGGCCACUAGGAGCGCUGCCUCUGGAUGAGCGUUUUCCUGUUCACUUAUGGCCUUAUACAGCUCAUUGAGUGCAAUCUUAGUGCCAGCAUCGGUUUGUGAUGGUAAAUGGACAGCUACGAAAACUACAGAUGAAAACUCUCUUGGUAAAUAGUGUGGUCUACAGCUUAUCAUGAGAUUCUCUGCCUCCGGCGAGCAAAACCUUGAGACUUCCUUAGUAUUAGAUUUUAUGCACCAGCUGUUGUUUACAAAUAUACACAGACCGCCACCCCUUGUCUUACCGGAGUCAGCUGUUCCAUCCUGCCGAUGUAGCGUAUAUCCCGCCAGCUGUAUGUUAUCCCUGUCGUCGUUCAGCCACGACUCGGUGAAACAUAAGAUAUUACAGUUUUUAAUGUCCCGUUGGUAGGAUAACCUUAAUCUUAGGUCAUCCAAUUUGUUUUCAAAUGAUUGAACAUUGGCUAAUAGGAUUGAUGGAAGAGGCAUUUUACUCGCUCACCGUCGGAUCCUUACAAGGCACACCGACCUACGUCCACGAUAUCUCAGUCUCUUUCUCAUGCGAAUGACGGGAUAUGGGCCUUGUUGGGUGUCUGUAGGAUAUCUUUAGCGUCUGACUCGUUGAAUAAAUAAUAUUUGUCCAAUACGAGGUGAGUAAUCGCUGUCCUGAUAUCCAGAAGCUCUUUUUGGUUAUAAGAGACGGUGGCAGAAAUAUUAUGUACAGAAUAAAUUACAAAUAACGUGAAAAACACACAUAAUAGUACAAUUGGUUAGAGGGCUGUAAAACGGCAGCCAUCUUCUCCGGCGCCAUCUGUAAUCGCAGAGUUCUCCCACUUGAGCGCGCCUCCAUGCAGCCACGUAGUUAGAAUUGUUGUCGCAUCCAAGUUGUAGAUUCCAAGGCUCGAGCCCGUCCAGAAUGUCGGGAGAAUCCCCAUUCCCAUUACGUCCACAAAGCAAAUGAAAGGUCCAAUAUGUGUAAAAGUCUGGGUAAAAUGUACUUAGUUGGUAAUGAUGUUUCAGAGAUGUGGACAGUCUAGUACUCACUGUGUGCCCGUCCGACAGCUAGCAGUGAGGGAGAUGAUAGUGCAGAGAAAGCUGCCCACGCUCCUCUUCGUAUGCUAGCUCCACAGUGCCAGUAGUGGGCCUGGCUAGCUUGAAUGCAGCCUAGAGCCACAGAUAGAACAAUGAGCCAGAUAGUUCACCAGAUGUAUAAAUGUGAAGCAUCCGGUUGGCGUUUCCACUCACUACCAAAUAUGGUGAUGAGCGGAAGCCCUGUGGCCGGCAGUGGGAGAAGAUGGAGAGAGAUGGAUUUUGGCCGACAUUCUGCUAAUUUUCUCAUUGAUGAAACAUUUGAUCUCCAUACUGUUUUCUGAUUCCAAAACUAGAAUCUGUAAGAAACCGAGUGGACUGUGUUUUGUAGAUUGACACUUCGCAAAAGUUUCUAAGAAUUGAGUUGUUUGGAAGGAGUGCAAGGGCGGAUUGAGUUAUUGCACACGCGCACUUCACAGAGUCGGCGUUUUCUAACGGAAAUAUGCAAAUAAAUGCUAGACUGCGCCGGAAGGAUCUCACUAGCUCAUGCUUGGCUCUACCCACCUCCUUGCUUGUUCUGCCCACUAUGAUUAAUUUGCUCCCAUUGGAAACGACAGGCUCUGGUCUAUCUUGGGUUAGUUAUAAAAAUCUUUGCUAGUGCGGUCACGUCACUUAAGUCCAGCAAUAACUUCAGAAGACAUAGGUUCCACAGAUGUUAAAAACGCAAAAAAACACAGCUGCUCCCAAUGUAACGCACUGUUUGGAGGGUUCGGAUAGUGGAACAUCAGCUACUGUAGCUUAGACUUGGAAACAAGACAGUAUACGGUGUUCAACAGGACUAGACUUUAUUCCAGGACAUGUGACCACCAUCUCAAUUAGAUCACGUGACACAGACAAAUUUAUAGACACAUGUUUGGCAUUAAAUAAUCAAUGAUGAACAUUCAAUGCUCAUAUUUACAAUGCUUCAGGUAAAUUCUUUGGACGAUUGAAGAAUAAAGUCACAUCUAAAGCAACAGAUGACCAGAUUCUGGUAAUGAGGCUGCAAUUGAUUUCUGUUUUCUGUAGAAGAUGAAGUGUACAUUCCCAACGAGCAAGACAGGCAGGAGUAUGUGAUGAACGAAAAUGGCUGCAUAUACCAGGUGGAAUCAGGUGGUGGAAGGCAAUGGUUUUAUGGUCAGGUACAGUAAAAGACUACAUACACAUGCCCCACACACACACACACACACACACACUGAUCCGAUACUGUAAUAUACUGUAUACUUUACACACACAUUUACAGUUGUGUCUUUAUUGUUCCUUUUUUUGAGGCUGGAGACUCUAUUUCUCUCUUGUAGUUUGGGGAAGGGAUUCUCGAUGCUUGUUUCCAAAUCUUGGAUAACUCACACAUGCCUCUAGUAAACAGAGGCGAUGUUGUCAAAGUCUGCAGGAUAGGAGCUGCAAUGGUGAGUGAUAUUUGCAGAUAACAUAAGCACACUACACAAAUUCCAAAACGAGCCCUAGUAUAUUAUAAGCACUAAGAAGAGCCAAGUGCUUUUCACAACCACAAGACAUACCAAGCAUUUAACCUGUACUUCAGUCUGCAUUCACAGAAUGUGAUUUGCAGUAGAUACGGUACAUAUGCGUAUUUAAUGAGAUAUUGCCUCAUUUGCAUAUAUUUAUAUAAUAUUUCAGAAAAAUAAAAAGGUAUAGUUGUGUCUACAUUCAACUGGUAAAAGUUGAUAGUGAUAUGAAGUUAGGAAAAUAUUACCUGUUUGGGAUGUGGUAUCUGGGCUUAUUUAAGCACUCAAUAUCCGUUUGCGUGCUUUUAUCAACUUACUCUGAACAUUUAAUUCCAAACUAACAUAUCCUUAUGCCUGGGGUACUGAUCUCUUUGGGGGUUUUUUGGUCAAUAUCUUUCCAUUCCUUGUGGAACCAGAUGAAUUCCCAAGAUGACCACGGGGUCUUGGUGGGCAACUGGAGUGAUGACUACUCCCUUGGCACUGCACCAACCUUCUGGAUUGGCAGCGACCAGAUCCUGCUCCAGUACGCCAACCAAGGGCCUGUCAGCUAUGCCCAGUGCUGGGUCUACGCCGGGACAUUGAACACCUGUGAGUGCCCCAUCAAAUACCCUUUAAAUUUUCAAUUUCAGUUAACCUUAAUAUGCCAACCCCACAAUAAAAGUAAUGUGUCUCCCAAAUCACCUGUGUUUUGCACUGAGGGAUUGAUGGUCAAUAGAACACAGGCCUAUCCGGUUAUAAACCGCGGUUUUCAACAAAGAAAGGUUGCCUUUAUGUUCAGUGGAGAUAAAUCAAUCUGCAGCGCAUUUAUCACUUACAAUGCACUUAAAUGACUAAAAUGUAAAUGUAAAAUACUUAUUUACUUACUUUCUAAAUGUAAUCAGUUACAAUUACUAGUUACCUGUCCAACAUUUCUCCCUGCAAUAGAUCAUGCUGGGAAAUAUUAUACAGUGCCUUCAGAAAGGUAUUCAUGAUCCUUGACUUAUUCCACAUUUUGUUGUGUUACAGCCUGAAUUCAAAAUGGAUUAAAUAGUAUAUAUUUUUCACCCAUCUACACACAAUACCCCAUAAUGACAAAGUGAAAACAUGUUUUUAGAAAUGUUUGCAAAUAUCGCAUUUACAGAGGUAUUCACACCCCUGAGUUAAUACAUGUCAGAAUCACAUUUGGCAGCGAUUAUAGCUGUGAGUCUUUCUGUAUAUUUGCCCAUUAUUCUUUAAAAGAUUAUUCAGGCUCUGUCAAAUUCGUUGUUGAUCAUUGCUAGACAACCAUUUUCAAGUCUUGCUAUAGAUUUUCAAGCAGAUUUAAGUCAAAACUUUAACUCGGCCACUCAGGAACAUUCGUUGUAUUCUUGGUAAGCAACUCCAGUGUAGAUUUGGCCUUGUGUUUUAGGUUAUUGUCCUGCUGAAAGUUGAAUUCAUCUCCCAGUGUCUGGUAGAAAGCAGACUGUAUCAGGUUUUCCUCUAGGAUUUUGCCUGUGCUUAGCUCCAUUCUGUUUAUUUUUUAUCCUGAAAAACUCCCCAGUCCUUAACGAUUACAAGCAAACCCAUAACAUGAUGCAGCCACAACUAUGCCUUUAAAUAUGGAGAGAGGUACCCAGUAAUGUGUUGUAUUGGAUUUUCACUUAACAUAACAUUUUUAUUCAGGACAAAAAGGUAAUCGUACAGGCUUCCUUCUUUUCACAUUAGGUUAGUAUUGAGGAGUAACUACAAUGUUAUUGAGCCAUCCUCAGUUUUCUCCUAUCACAGCCAUUGGCCUCAUGGUGAAAUCCCUGUGCGGUUUCCUUCCUCUCCGGCAACUGAGUUAGGAAGGACGCCUGUAUCUUUGCAGUGACUGGGUGCAUUGACACCCCAUCCAAAGUGUAAUUAAUAACUCCACCAUACUCAAAGGGAUAUUCAUUCAUUUUUUACCUAUCUACCAAUAGGUCCCUUCUUUGCGAGGCAUUGGAAAACCUCCCUGAUCUUUGUGGUUGAAUCUGUGUUUGAAAUCCACUGCUUGACUGAGGGACCUUACAGAUAAUUGAAUGUAUGGGGUACAGAGAGGUUUUCAUUCAAAAAUCAUGUUAAACACUAUUAUUGCACACAGAGUGAGUCCAUGCAACUUAUUAUGUGACUUGUUAAGUACAUCUUUACUGAUGAACUUAUUUAGGAGCAGUGGCGUGUAUUCAUGGAUGCCAAGGGAAGCCAGGCUUCUGCUAAAAAUUGAUAAAAAAUAAAAAAUAAGGUAUCUUUCGUCUCUGUGUUUCAUAAUUUUCCUUUUAAUUCGCAAGAGGCUGAAUGUAUCUCACAGGAGAAAGGCAUCCGGGCGAGCGAAAUAGCGCCCCUCUGUCUCUCUACGUUGUCACGAUCGUCAUAAUGAUUGGACCAAGGCGCAGCGUGAUAUGCGUACAUCUUUUUAAUAGUGUACUGGCAACACGAUACAAAAUACAAAACAACCAAACGCAACGUGAAGUCCUCGGUUAACAACACAAACCAACACGGAACAAGAUCCCACAAAACACAAGUGCACAACAGGCUGCCUAAGUAUAGUUCCCAAUCAGAGACAACAAGCAACAGCUGAUUCUCGUUGCCUCUGAUUGAGAACCACCCCGGCCAACAUAGAAACACAUAACCUAGAAUAGAACAUAGAAAACGAAACAUAGACACUACACAAAGAAACUAACACCCUGGCUCAACAUACAAGAGUCCCCAGAGCCAGGGCGUGACAGUACCCCCCCCUAAGGCGCGGACUGCGACCGCGCCAACAUAAACCCAACAGGGGAGGGGCCGGGUGGGCAUUCCACCUCGGAGGCAGAUCCGGCUCCGGGCGUGACCACCACCCUCUAACAACCCCCCAGUAGCGCCCCUGGUCUGGUCUGGCUCCGCUGGCUGGAGCUGGACUGGACAUCGGUGGAGCGGAUUGCUUAGGCUCCGGUGUGGAGCAGCUGACCGGUACCUGACCAGGCACCGGUGAAGCAGGCACGGGCUGUGCCGGACUGACGACGCGCACCACAGGCUUGGUGCGGGGAGCAGGUACGGGCCGGACCGGGCUGGCGAUGCGCACCACAGGCUUGGUGCGGGGAGCAGGAACAGGCCGGGCCGGGCUGGCGACGCGCACCAUAGGCUUGGUGCGGGGAGCAGGAACAGGCCGGGCCGGGCUGGCGACGCGCACCAUUGGCUUGGUGCGGGGAGCAGGAACAGGCCGGGCCGGGCUGGCGACGCGCACCAUUGGCUUGGUGCGAGGGGCAGGAACAGGCCAGACCGGGCUGGCGACGCGCACCACAGGCUUGGUGCGGGGAGCAGGAACGGGCCGGACCGGGCUGACGUCGCGCACCACUGGCUUGGUACAGGGAGCAGGAACAGGCCGGACCGGGCUGACGUCGCGCACCACUGGCUUGGUGCGGGGAGCAGGAACGGGCCGGACCGGGCUGACGACGCGCACCACAGGCUUGGUGCGGGGAGCAGGAACAGGCCGGGCUGGCGACGCGCACCAUUGGCUUGGUGCGGGGAGCAGGUAGAGGCCGGGCCGGGCUGGCGACGCGCACCAUUGGCUUGGUGCGGGGAGCAGGUAGAGGCCGGGCCGGGCUGGCGACGCGCACCAUUGGCUUGGUGCGAGGGGCAGGAACAGGCUGGGCCGGGCUGGCGACGCGCACCAUAGGCUUGGUGCGAGGGGCAAGAACAGGUCGGACCGGGCUGGCGACGCGCACCAUUGGCUUGGUGCGAGGGGCAGGAACAGGCCGGGCCGGGCUGGUGACGCGCACCAAAGGCUUGGUGCGGGGAGCAGGAACAGGCCGGGCCGGGCUGGCGACCCGCACCAUUGGCUUGGUGCGGGGAGCAGGAACAGGCCGGGCCGGGCUGGCGACCCGCACCAUUGGCUUGGUGCGAGGGGCAGGAACAGGCCAGACCGGGCUGGCGACGCGCACCACAGGCUUGGUGCGGGGAGCAGGAACGGGCCGGACCGGGCUGACGUUGCGCACCACUGGCUUGGUACGGGGAGCAGGAACGGGCCGGACUGGGCUGACGUCGCGCACAACUGGCUUGGUGCGGGGAGCAGGAACGGGCCGGACCGGGCUGACGACGCGCACCACAGGCUUGGUGCGGGGAGGAGGAACAGGCCGGGCCGGGCUGGCGACGCGCACCAUUGGCUUGGUGCGGGGAGCAGGUAGAGGCCGGGCCGGGCUGGCGAUGCGCACCAUUGGCUUGGUGCGGGGAGCAGGUAGAGGCCGGGCCGGGCUGGCGACGCGCACCAUUGGCUUGGUGCGAGGGGAAGGAACAGGCCGGGCCGGGCUGGCGACGCGCACCAUAGGCUUGGUACAGGGAGCAGGAACAGGCCGGGCCGGGCUGGCGACGCGCACCAUUGGCUUGGUGCGAGGGGCAGGAACAGGCUGGGCCGGGCUGGUGACGCGCACCAUAGGCUUGGUGCGAGGGGCAGGAACAGGUCGGACCGGGCUGGGGACGCGCACCAUUGGCUUGGUGCGAGGGGCAGGAACAGGCCGGGCCGGGCUGGCGACGCGCACCAAAGGCUUGGUGCGGGGAGCAGGAACAGGCCGGGCCGGGCUGGCGACCCGCACCAUAGGCUUGGUGCGGGGAGCAGGAACAGGCCGGGCCGGGCUGGCGACGCAUACCAUAGGCUUGGUGCGGGGAGCAGGAUUAGGCCGGGCCGGGCUGGCGACGCACACCAUAGGCUUGGUGCGGGGAACAGGAACAGGCCGGACUGGGCUGUGGAGACGGACUGGAGGUCUGGAGCGAAGAGCUGACACAACCCGUCCUGGCUGAAUGCCUACUUUUACACACUCUGUGUGAGGCUUCAGCACAGGACGUACAGGGCUGUGUACUCGUACUGGCACUACAGCACGUGACACUGGCGCAGGAUAUCCGGGACGAGCGUCCUGGCUGCAUGCCCACCUUAGCACGACACGUGCGUGGUGCUCGCACAGGACGUACCGGACUGUGCCGGACCACUCGCGGCACAGUACGCAGCUCCGCAUACCUCGGAACCUGCCCAGUCUCACGCUGCCUAGCCUGAGUACGGGGAGUUGGCUCUGCUCUACCUCUAGGCUCCGCCAACCUCCCUUCCAGCCCCCCAAACCCGGUGGUCUCCUCUCCUAAUCCACAAACUCGCCCAGUAUCUGCCUCCAGCAGCCCCGUCGUCCAUGCCGUGUGCCCCCCCCAAAAAAUGUAUUGGGGUUGCCUCUCGCCUGUCCGACGACGGCCCGGUUGGCGCCGCUUCUCCUCUCCUGCCUGGGUCUCCCCCUUCAUCGCCCUCCGGUAACGGACGGCCUCCUCCUCCGUGAUCUGCCCCCAACCGAGGAGGACAUCCACUAACGUUACCUCCGGCGUUUGCUCCUGGACACGCUGCUUGGUCCUGUUAAGGUGGGCUCUUCUGUCACGAUCGUCAUAAUGAUUGGACCAAGGCGCAACGUGAUAUGCGUACAUCUUUUUAAUAGUGUACUGGCAACACGAUACAAAAUACAAAACAACCAAAUGAAACGUGAAGUCCUCGGUUAACAACACAAACCAACACGGAACAAGAUCCCACAAAACACAAGUGCACAACAGGCUGCCUAAGUAUGGUUCCCAAUCAGAGACAACAAGCAACAGCUGAUUCUCGUUGCCUCUGAUUGAGAACCACCCCGGCCAACAUAGAAACACAUAACCUAGAACAGAACAUAGAAAACGAAACAUAGACACUACACAAAGAAACUAACACCCUGGCUCAACAUACAAGAAUCCCCAGAGCCAGGGCGUGACAUACGUGUAGGCCAUCUAUCUGAUGCUUUCUGGUUCAAACAAGUAUGACAUUGUUGCUGCCCAUAGCAUCGAAGGAAAGGGAAGCCAGUGAGCAUCUGGCUCCCUUGACAAAAAAAGUAUAAAACAUUUGCCAAUCAGCGUUGAGCUAAACUGAGCGAGCUCAACUGUGAAUGGUCCUGGCGCACCCAAAAAAAAGUGUCAAGGGAAACCAGCUUGAAUUUGGCAUCACUCCUAUCAAAUCCCAUUGAGAGCAUACCUCAUUGACAGAAAAACUUGAAUUUUUGCAUCUCGUUGUGGUGUUGUCCUCCGGUGGCUAGCUAGCCAGCCAGCUAAAAUUGGCCCUUUCCUAAAUUUGCCAUGGAUGGAAAUAGGGAUUUGGAUUUGUGGUUUAACUUAUUUCUCCGUACUGGCCUAUGAUUAUAAUGACGAUUCUGAUCUAACCAUUAAGUCAUACAUUGUUGUGCCCCUGGCCUGAGAGAAUGGAAGUUCAAUAUGUAGCUAGAUGUAGAAGGAUAAUGUUAACUAGCUAACGUUGCCCAUGAAUGGAAGUUAGGCUAGCGAGCAAGCAUUUCAGCCAGGUUGCCUAGGACCACAAAAAAUGUAAGCCUGUACUGUAUGAUAGAGUGAUUGUCAACAUGAAAGAGAGGAGGAUGGCAUUGGCCUUUCUCUACAAGUAGGGUGAGUCAACAUGUUUUUCUACUUGCAAGAACGUGCACGCACACACACAGAAAUCAGAACCAUGGACAGCCACAUCAUAGUUAGCUUACGUUGAUUGGACUAAAUAGUUUUUGGUAUCUUUUAGUUGUCACUGUAUUAGACUAAGCAGAGGUGAUUUGAUGAUGUUGAAAUGUUGAAGUUGAAAUGGUGCUGGAAUAGUGGAGGCAGCUCCUGUUUUCUUUGCAACUUGCGGUAACUCUCUGUGGUUCUAAAUCAAUAGUUGUUUAGUGGUCCGAAAAUGUCGGAAACAUUAACUUGCUCGCGUAAGUAAUUUAACUCUCUGUUCCUGUACAUGCAAUAUGCUUUGUGGACUUCACUGGACAGAGGGUGCUAUCUGGUUUUGUGAUAAAACAAAGGUGUGGUUGAAUUUUUUCUGCCACUGUGUCUUCUUAAUGUCUCGGCCAAGGCAUUUGAAUUAACAGGUUAUAGCGCAAACAACACAAUUAUCACAACACAAAGGUUGUAAUAUGCCUUGUUAUAGGCUUGGCUUCACCAGUGAUUUUACCAUAACAAAAGGGUUGAAGACUUAUUGACUCAAGACAUUUCAGCUUUUCAGUUUUUUAUUAAUUUGUAAACAGUUCAUACAACUUUUACAUUAUGGGGUAUUGUGUUUAGGCAAGUGACAAAAACAUUCUCAAUAUAAUCCAUUUUAAAUUUUGGCUAUAACACAACAAAAUGUGGAAAAAGUCAAGGGUGUGAACACUUUCUGAAGGCUUCCAAAGAAUCAUCAAAGAAGCGUUUAACAUCCUAGUAUAAACUCCAGUGGGCAAUCGAGAUAAGACCAACAACCACCGAUAUAAACCAAAAUGUGACAUUUUUAGAAUUGUAUUGUUUGAUAGCAUUUUUAAUACAGGUCUAUAGAAAAGGGAAUAAACCAUUUAUAAUUAUAAGUAAUUUUCACACAUGAAACCAUCAACGAUCAAUAUUUGCAUUUUAAUUUCAUAAUCUUAUAACAAUAUCACAUUUGUUUGCUCAAUUAAUUGUGCAUGCUCAAUUUUUUAAGCAUAUAAAUAGUUGAAAGUAGAUGAAGCCAGUAGGCUAGGCAACAAUGUCUUUCUCUGUCUGUCUGUUUCUUUGUCUGUCUGGUCUUUCUGUAGUGCAGAACUGUCCAAGAUAAUGUCUAGUCAGCUGUCAAACUAUUAAUACAACAGUGCCCAGAGUGCCUCUUUGUACACUUGCUAUAUUCUAUAUAUUAAGUGUACUACCUAAGUACUAAACUCUCUCUCUCCUUGCUUCCUCUCUCUCUCGCUGUCUCCUCUGCCUCCUCCUCCAUUGCAGCCUGCUUCAGACUCACCACUGUCUGCCUCACCACUGUCUGUCUCACUACUCUCAGUUUUAAAAAUAGAUUUUUAUAUACAGAAUAAUAUUACAUUGUAUUUAUAUUUAAAUUGUCUUUAUAUUUCACAAAAUGUUAGGUCCCACAGGCUGUCCCACUCCCAACACAUAAUAAUAUUAAAGUGCAUUCUAACAGUGUAAAAGGCCCUUAGUUGACUCCAAAAUGUUGUAUUCCAUAAUCUAUACCCAUUUGAAGAGAAACAAGUUAUUAAUGUGUUUGAUAAGAUUACAGAUUCUUUCAGGGGACUCAUUUAAAUUGCAGUUGACCCCGGGUUUGGAACAACUGUACUACUAACCUCUCUCUUCUUGCUUCGUCUCUCUCUGUGUCUCCUUUUCUUCCUGUAUUGCAGCCUGCCUCACCACUCUCUGUCUCACUACUCUCUGUAAAGCAAAGUUAUUUUGCUAUCAGAAUUUAUAGUAUCCUAUCUUUUGCUAAGAUUAUAGCUAGCUUAAUUUCAGUCAACUGCUCCUGCUGAGGUCAGGCUCCAUUGAACGUUAGUUUCUAACUCCAUCUUUCUAGCCAGCUAGUUAUAGCUAGCUAGCUGGCUAACAGUAGCCAGAGCCUUGAGCGAACUAUACUGAGCAAAAAUAUAAACACAACAUGUAAAGUGUGGUAAAAGAUCCCAGAAAUGUUCCAUAUGCACAAAAAGCUUAUUUCUCGCAAAUUUGAUGCACAAAUUUGUUUGCAUCCCUCUUAGUGAGCAUUUCUCAUUUGCAAAGAUAAUCCAUCCACCUGACAGGUGUGGCAUAUCUAGAAGCUGAUUAAACAGCAUGAUCAUUACACAGGUGCACCUUGUGCUGGGGGCAAUAAAAGACCACUCUAAAAUGUGCAGUUUUGUCACACAAUACAAUGUUACAGAAGUCUACAAGUUUUGAGGAGAGUGUGCAAUUGGCAUGCUGACUGCAGAAAUGUCCACCAGAGCUGUUGCCAGAGAAUUUAAUGUUCAUUUCUCUACCAUAAGCCAUCAUCGUUUUAGAGAAUUUGGCAAAACGUCCAACCGGCCUCACAAUUGCAGACCACGUGUAACCCUGCCAGUCCAGGGCCUCCACAUCUGCCUUCUUUCCCUGUGGGAUCGUCUGAGAUCAGCCACCCAGACAGCUGAGGAAACUGAGGAGUAUUUCUGUAUGCAAUAAAGCCCUUUUGUGGGGAAAAAGUCAUUCUGAUUGGCUGGGCCUGGCUCACCAGUGGUUGAGGCCCAGCCCGAGUGGAGUGGGUGGGCCUAUGCCCUACCAGGCCCACCCAUGGCUGCGCCCCUGUCAUGUGAAAUCCAUAGAUUUGGGCCUAAUUUAUUUAUUUAAAUUGACUGAUUUCCUUAUAUGAACUGUAACUGUAAAAUCGUUUGAAAUUGUUUCCUGUUGCGUUUAUAUUUUUGUUCAGUAUAGCUAGCUAGCUAGCCACCUGACUGAAAUACCAGCGACUAUUUACCAGACCAGUUGUACACUCACUCUCCGAGAGUCAGGUUUUUUUGUUUAAAGGAUGUCAGUUGACACGGCAGGGGGGAGCAGGUGAACAUAACGAGGAUACCUGAAACAUGAUUCCACUCGUUCGCAGAGAGGCAGGUGCAAUUAGAACUCAAAGAAUAUUAGCGUUCUGGGCAUUGAUCAAUGCUGGCAACGCAACAAUAAGUGGGUAAACGAUUAUUAACAAACUAUAAAGGUGAGUAAACGCUAUUUCACUAAUAAAAAGGUGCGUAAAUGUCAUUUACGUGCGUUUACCCUCCACUGCAUCCCUGGUUGCAUCAUUCCUUGAACGGAGGUAGACAAAGGCGUAUAAGUCCCCUUUGUAUAGGCACGUGAUUCCUCAAAAGGAAAAUAAUAGUUGAGAUGCAACUGCUUACAUAAUGCACAGAGAGCAAAAACCUUGCCUCGGGCUAUGCUAGCUUCAACUUAGAAUGUGUGUCAGAUCUCGCACCAUACGUGACUAUCACACCACAGCUGAGCACUCCCAAUCUCAAAUCUCAUCUAGCUGACUGUGUGAAUGGACACAGAUAAAUAUUAAAGAAGAUGUAAAUUCCUUAAUACAAACUAACUGAUUACAAUAAAGCUAUGUUUGCAUCCUAUAGAGGCCAUUUGUUUUCUUGGAGUCAGUCCCUUAGAGGGAUAUUAGUUAUUUUGAGAUGAUUAGCAUGUGUGCUAUCUAGAUUAGAACAUGCUAACAGGAGUCCUACCAUCUCCACUGUUUUGCACCUAUAGAUGCUAAUGCUAAGCCGUAGCUCAAUACUGCUUUCUGACUAGUCUGGCCCAUAGGCCACUUUCUAGGUAUGCAUAAGAUGUGGAAAAUGUGUAAUUAAGGUGAACAAACCCCAAAGCCCAUUUCCCACUGACAGAAAAAAAUAGGAAGCAGUUUCCUCACACAAGGCCCGCUGCUGUGCAAAUCAAACACACUUCUGAAAGUGAUAUCCGGAAAUCUACUAUCAUCAAUUGAUUGAAUACAUUGAAUGUAUUACUUACAAAUGUAUUCCAGUUAACGACUGCAUGUUAAUUGAUAUACACUACCAUUAGUGUAUGCUUAUUUUUAAGUAUUGCCUAGACUCUUUAAUGGUUUCCCCUCCCCUGCCCCAGUGCUGAGGUGUCUGGGCAUCCCUGCCAGGGUGGUCACCAACUUCAACUCCGCCCACGACAACACAGGGAACAUAAUCACGGAUCUCAUCUUCAACUCUGUGGGAAAUCGACUUGAACUGAACGAGCGCCUUACCAGGGACUCUAUCUGGUAGUUAUAUUUCUGCUUAUUCAUUUGUAUUGAAUCCCAGAAUGUAGGUUUCUAUAUCUUCUAUAUUUACAGUAUAUCUUUCACUGUACCUACUGUAAAAACAGUUUAGUCAAGUAGCAUGGUGGGUCGUGUUAGUCAUGUAGCAUGGUGGGUCGUGUUCCAAAUGGAAGAAAAUGGUUGUGCAGGAUGCCAGAUAGUGUACCUGAGUGGUGCAGGAUGCCAGAUAGUACACUUGAGUGGUACAGGAUGCCAGAUAAUGUGAAUGAGUAGUGCAGGAGGCCAGAUAGUGUUCCUGAGUGGUGCAGGGUGAAAGAUUGUGUACUUGAGUGGUUCAGGAUGCCAGAUAUUGUUCCUGAGUGGUGCAGGACACCAAAUAGUGUACCUGAGUGGUGCAGUAUGCCAGAUAUUGUUCCUGAUGGGUGCAGGAUGCCAGAUAGUGUUUGUGAGAGGUGGGCAUUUUCUCCACAGGAACUACCACUGCUGGAACGAGGCUUACAUGUCCAGACCUGACCUCCCCGCAAUCCAUGACUUAGGUGGCUGGCAGGUGGUGGAUGCCACCCCUCAGGAAACCAGUGAUGGUAAGAGAGAAAAUAAGAUAAUUAAGUAGGGCCCACACACAUUAUAGCUAUACGAUGGGAGAGGGAGACAUCAUUUUCACUUCUUUAUGCACAUUUUGUAGAAUGGGCUUCAAAAUUGCAUUGUCACAUUUAUGAAAACGCAUCCAUUUAAGAUACAGUGGGGUCCAUAAUUAUUGGCACCCUUGAUAAAGAUGAGCAAAAAAGUCUGUAUAAAAUAAAUAAUAAAAAUACAGAGGUAUAUUGUAUACUCCAAAAAUUGGGAAAUUAUAUUAUUUUAUACAAAUACAGUUGCUCAGAGAAAGAGAUUUUAUUUUAUUUAGUAAUACAAAUAAAUAAAAAACAUAGGGGUCAAAAUGAUUAAACCACUGUUUUCAGUAGUCCAGCAUCCUACCCUUGUUAGGAUAACAACACUGAGCCUUUUUCUGAAAUGUUUUAUGAGAUUGGAGUACAGAUUGGGAGGGAUCUUAGACCAUUCCUCCAUACAGAAUCUUACCAGAUCCUUGAUUUCCUUAUGGACUGCCCUCUUCAACCCAGUGUCCAAAAACUGAGUCUCCGUCGAAGGUUGUGGGUCUUUCAGCAGGACAACAACCCCAAACACAUCACAAAGCACCCAGAAAUGGUUCAAGAUGAAACGCUGGACUGUUCUGGAGUGGAGUUGAGUCUGAACCCAUCAAACCUAUGGCGAGAUCUGAAAACAGCAGUUGGUCAAAGGCACCCGUUAAACAUUGCAGAAUUUGAAUAGCUUGCAGCUGAAAAGUGGGUCAUACCUCCAGUAAAAGGUGCAGCAAGCUCAUUGAUAGCUACAAUACGCUUUUGAUAGGCAGUUAUCUUGGCCAAAAGCUGUGCAAUAUUAGCUCUUGUUUGCUAAUCAUUUUUUUCCAUGCCAUUUCAGCAAAAGUUUUUUUCAAUUUCAACUUAUUUUAGAGGAAAUGGGAUAUUAUUUAUAAAAGUGCAAGGGUGCCAAUAUAUUUACCGUAACUGUAUAGCCGUUUCUUAAAAUUAAUAAAAUGAAGAAAAUGGCUCUGAAAAGCAUUGAUUGCAUCUUGAAAAUGUUUGUUAGGUUAUUUAAUAACGUCCAGAAUCUCCUGGCUUUUUGGAGAAUGUAGCAAUGGCCUUAUAACUAAUAAAAUCCGUUUCCAAUAGCAUUGCUAUAUUCUACAAAAAUGCCACUCAAUACAUUGUAUAUAAUGCUAAAUAACCAGCUAACGAAUAAAAAAACGAGUUGGAUGAAACAACAGCACCCUAGGGAAUUCGAAAAUAAGCUAUUAUAUUUUUAAAAAAUGAACUAUCCCUUUAAACGUCAAACAGACAGUGUCAUACAUGGGUUGUUGACAUUGUUUUUGCAGGAUAUUACCGCUGUGGACCUUGCUCUGUCAAAGCCAUCAAGAAAGGAAUGCUCGGCUAUCAAUUUGAUGCCCCGUUUGUGUUUGCUGAGGUAAAACAAUAUGUUUUCGUUGAGCUUAACCAGUAACACUGUUACACCAUAAUGCCUUCAUGGUGUAUGCACACUUAUGCUUUAUAACUUUUUUAUUACGCACACUCGCAAUACAUUUUAUUUAUUUAGAAUCAAUCACAAUAUUCGCAUUUAUUAAUUUUAUUUUAACCUCAGGUGAAUAGCAACGUUCACCACCACAAGCUAGACACACGAACUGGGAGAACCGAGUUACAACAAGUGGACACAACCUAUAUCGGCAAGAAAGUAGUGACGAAGUCCGUUGGUGGAAACAAUUAUGAGCCAAUGGACAUUACACAGACAUACAAAUACCCAGAAGGUAUGUGGCACCUGGACAAGGGAGGGGGCUGGCAAAGGUGCAACUGCACAUUUAAAGUUACAUUUUCAUAAAAAUGUGUUUGUUAUUGGCAGUUUGUACAUUUUCUCAUUAAACUAAUGCAACAAGAAUUAAGUAUAGAAAUGACUAUGCUAUUACUGUUUUUGAAAUUACUUUUCAAUUACUGCUGUAUCGAUGCAGUAACAUACUGUAUACAGUGGGGAGAACAAGUAUUUGAUACACUGCCGAUUUUGCAGGUCUUCCUACUUACAAAGCAUGUAGAGGUCUGUAAUUUUUAUCAUAGGUACACUUCAACUGUGAGAGACAGAAUCUAAAACAAAAAUCCAGAAAAUCACAUUGUAUGAUUUUUAAGUAAUUAAUUUGCAUUUGAUUAUUUAUCAGAAAAGCAGAACUUAAUAUUUGGUAGAGAAACCUUUGUUUGCAAUUACAGAGAUCAUAUGUUUCCUGUAGGUCUUGACCAGGUUUGCACACACUGCAGCAGGGAUUUUGGCCCACUCCUCCAUACAGACCUUCUCCAGAUCCUUCAGGUUUCGGGGCUGUCGCUGGGCAAUAUGGACUUUCAGCUCCCUCCAAAGAUGUUCUAUUGGGUUCAGGUCUGGAGACUGGCUAGGCCACUCCAGGACCUUGAGAUGCUUCUUACGGAGCCACUCCUUAGUUGCCCUGGCUGUGUGUUUCGGGGCGUUGUCAUGCUGGAAGACCCAGCCACGACCCAUCUUCAAUGCUCUUACUGAGGGAACGAGGUUGUUGGUCAAGAUCUCGCGAUACAUGGCCCCAUCCAUCCUCCCCUCAAUACGGUGCAGUCGUCCUGUCCCCUUUGCACAAAAGCAUCCCCAAAGAAUGAUAUUUCCACCUCCAUGCUUCACGGUUGGGAUGGUGUUCUUGGGGUUGUACUCAUCCUUCUUCUUCCUCCAAACACGGCGAGUGGAGUUUAGACCAAAAAGCUCUAUUUUUGUCUCAUCAGACCACAUGACCUUCUCCCAUUCCUCCUCUGGAUCAUCCAGAUGGUCAUUGGCAAACUUCAGACGGGCCUGGACAUGCGCUGGCUUGAGCAGGGGGACCUUGCGUGCGCUGCAGGAUUUUAAUCCAUGACGGCGUAGUGUGUUACUAAUGGUUUUCUUUGAGACUGUGGUCCCAGCUCACUUCAAGUCAUUGACCAGGUCCUGCCGUGUAUUUCUGGGCUGAUCCCUCACCUUCCUCAUGAUCAUUGAUGCCCCACGAGGUGAGAUCUUGCGUGGAGCCCCAGACUGAGGGUGAUUGACCGUCAUCUUGAACUUCUUCCAUUUUCUAAUAAUUGCGCCAACAGUUGUUGCCUUCUCACCAAGCUGCUUGCCUAUUGUGCUGUAGCCCAUCCCAGCCUUGUGCAGGUCUACAAUUUUAUCCCUGAUGUCCUUACACAGCUCUCUGGUCUUGGCCAUUGUGGAGAGGUUGGAGUCUGUUUGAUUGAGUGUGUGGACAGGUGUCUUUUAUACAGAUAACGAGUUCAAACAGGUGCAGUUAAUACAGGUAAUGAGUGGAGAACAGGAGGGCUUCUUAAAGAAAAACUAACAGGUCUGUGAGAGCCGGAAUUCUUACUGGUUGGUAGGUGAUCAAAUACUUAUGUCAUGCAAUAAAAUGCAAAUUAUUACUUAAAAAUCAUACAAUGUGAUUUUCUGGAUUUUUGUUUUAGAUUCCGUCUCCCACAGUUGAAGUGUACCUAUGAUAAAAAUUACAGACCUCUACAUGCUUUGUAAGUAGGAAGACCUGCAAAAUCGGCAGUGUAUACAAAAACUUUGUCUCCCCACUGUAUAUAUGUUUUCCUAUAGGUGAAGUUAAAUAUCAGUCCCAUGGUUGUUUUUUUAAGGAGUGGGGCAGUCCCACUCUCGUAAUCUUCUGUCUAUUUUAUGUAAUAGAGAGAGAGAAAAGAUAGAAGAGAUAGUUGCUAAAUUAGCAGUGGGCCGGAUUCAAACCGUUGCUGCAGCGAUAAAUGUGUUCCGAAGAGAGCGGUUUAGAUCACUAGACCACUCUAGGCCACCAGUCCCAUGUUAACUCUAUUCCCCUCCAUCUCCCCACACAUGCACAGGCAGCAGUAAGGAUAAAGAGACCAUGAAGAAUGCCGAGAGAACCUACAAGCUACGUAUGCAAGACGACGACGAGCAGGAGAUCCCACAGGCUAACGUGGAGAUGACGCUGGAGACACCAGUGGAGCCGGUGAUGAUUGGCCAUGACUUCCAGAUGGCUGUGGUCUUCAGGAACCUUAGUGAAGACACACGCACCAUCCAUGGCUUCCUGGUGGGCUCCACGGUGUACUACACCAACAUCCAAAGAGCUCAGUUCAAGCAGGAGAGCUUUGACGUCACUCUGAACCCCAUGGAGAGUGAGUGGAAACCGGGGUGACCCUUUACAUACGUACUGUACUGUAUGUCUUUAUAGGCUUGAGAAUGUCUCCAUGUAUCACAACUUUGUACGAUAGUCCUGCAAAGCUUUCAGACCACUCCUCUGAAAUAAAAUACUCAACUGCUUAUAGAAAAUGCUUUACUUUACAGUCCUUUUACAGCUUUAUGGUACCGUCCUGUUUCAGCAGGUACAGUAUGUGUGUACAGUGCCUUGCAAAAGUAUUCAUCCCCCUUGGUGUUUUUCCUAUUUUUUUGCAUCACAACCUGUAAUUUAAAUGGAUUUUUAUUUGUAUAUCAUGUAAUGCACAUACACAAAAUAGUAGAAAUUGGUGAAGUGAAAUGAAAAAAAUUACUUGUUUCAAAAAAGUCUAAAAAAUAAAUAACGGAAAAGUGGUGCGUGCAUAUGUAUUCACCCCCUUUGCUAUGAAGCCCCUAAAUAAGAUCUGGUGCAACCAAUUACCUUCAGAAGUCACAUAAUUAGUUAAAUAAAGUCCACCUGUGUGCAAUCUAAGUGUCACAUGAUCUGUUCUGAAAGGCCCCAGAGUCUGCAACACCAUUAAGCAAGGGGCACCACCAAGCAAGCGGCACCAUGAAGACCAAGGAGCUUUCCAAACAAGACAGGGACAAAGUUGUGGAGAAGUACAGAUCAGGGUUGGGUUAUAAACAAAUAUACAAAACUUUGAAUAUCCCACGGAGCACCAUUAAAUCCAUUAUAAAAAAAUUGAAAGAAUACGGCACCACAACAAACCUGCCAAGAGAGGGCCGCCCACCAAAACUCACCAAAACUCACGGACCAGGCAGAGAGGCAACAAAGAGACCAAUGAUAACCACAGCGGAGAUUGGAGUAUCUGUCCAUAAGACCACUUUAGGCCGUACACUCCACAGAUCUGGGUUUUACGGAAUUGUGGCUAGAAAAAGCCAUCACUUAAAGAAAGAAAUAAGCAAACAUGUUUGGUGUUCGCCGAAAGGCAUGUGGGAGACUCCCCAAACAUAUGGAAGAAGGUACUCUGGUCAGAUGAGACUAAAAUUGAGCUUUUUGGCCAUCAAGGAAAAUGCUAUGUCUGGCGCAAACCCAACACCUCUCAUCACCCUGAGAACACCAUCCCUGGUGGGCAGCAUCAUGCUGUGGGGAUGUUUUUAAUCGUCAGGGACUGGGAAACUGGUCAGAAUUGAAGGAAUGAUGGAUGGCGCUAAAUACAGGGAAAUUCUUGAGGGAAACCUGUUUCAGUCUUCCAGAGAUUUGAGACUGGGACGGAGGUUCACCUUCCAGCAGGACAAUGACCCUAAGCAUACUUUUAAAGCAACACUCAAGUGGUUUAAGGGGAAAUACUUAAAUGUCUUGGAAUGGCCUAGUCAAAGUCCAGACUUCAAUCAAAUAGAGGAACCGUGGUAUGACUUAAAGAUUUCUGUACACCAGCGGAACACAUCCAACUUGAAGGAGCUGGAGCAGUUUUGCCUUGAAGAAUGGGCAGAAAUCCCAGUGGCUAGAUGUGCCAAGCUUAUAAAGACAUACCCCAAGAGACUUGCAGCUCUAAUUGCUGCAAAAGGUGUCUCUACAAAGUUUUGAGUUUGUAGAGUCACAAGAAAAAAAAAUUGCAUCUUCAAAGUGGUAGGCAUGUUGCGUAAAUCAAUUGAUACAAUCCCCCCCAAAAUCAAUUUUAAUCAUAUUUAGUACCAGGCAACCAAAUAGGAAAAAUGCCAAGGGGGGUGAAUACUUUCGCAAGCCACUGUAUGUAUUGUAUUGUAAGAGAUUGUGAGGCAACGAUGGCAUACUCUGUAGUACGUACUUCAAAAGACUUUACAGGUAACAACCUGGUACCAAAUGGUAAACAACGGUGAAUCCCAAACAAUCAAAAUAUUAAUUAUCAGGUAAUUAUUAUAAAAGUUAUGUGCUGCCAAACAUGUACGCCUGUUGUUGAUUGAAUUUGUCCGGUUCGGGUUUAUUGUCAAAACUCUUUCUCCCUGUGACCCACAGCGUCGAGAGUACAGGUGGGUGUGCUUGCCCAGAAGUACAUGCCCCAGCUGGGUUGCUUGUCCAAUCUGCGCUUCGUGGUGACGGCCAAGAGCAUGGAGAACAACCAGGACAUGACGGCCAUGCAGAUAGUGAACCUGGAAGGCCCCGAGCUGGUCUUUUCGGUGGGUCUGGAAGUUCCAUUAGUCCUCUUUAUAAGGAUGUAUUUCCUUAUUCUCUUAAAGGGAUAGUUCGCCCAAAUAAAAAAAAAUUACCUUUUGGUUUCCUUACCCUGUCAGCAGUAAAUUGGUGACAGUGGCCAUUUAAACAAAACCAAAGCAUAAAUUGCUCUUUUACAUUGUCCAUAUACUGCUGACAUUGUAAGGAAAACAAUAUGUAAUUUUGUGAUUUGGGUGAACUAUCCCUUGAAGUGUUCUGUAAAAGUGUUCUGAAAUAUAUUGUGAUGGUCCAAGAGCCAAUGUAGUAGUGUACCCAAUUAAAGCCUUACUUGUGUUGCUAGAAAGCUGCAUCUCUCCUCGCCUUUGAUCAAGCAGACAUUCCAAAAAGUUGAUCAUCCCUAGAUUAUUAUCAUUUAUUAUAUGACAUUUGAUUGUUGUGAAUGGACUAUCUCUAUUUGAACAGAUGAGUGGACCAGCGCAGGUGAACCAGGAGGUAGUUGUCAAGGUGGAGUUCACCAACCCGCUCCCAUUCAGCCUGCGUGACGUGAGGAUGGCCAUGCAAGGGCCUAAUUUUAUGGCAUACCGGGAAAAGUUGUACAGGUAACAGGAUUUACAACUCCAAGAUCUCACAUCAUGAUGAUGCUCACACUUACAUUAGUAUAUUUAGUAUUUAGUGUAGUUGUCAGUUGUCAGAGCACCUUACCGAUCACUGCACCUGUACACAGCCCAUCUGAAAUUAGCCCACCCAACUACCUCAUCCCUAUAUUGUUAUUUAUUUUGCUCUUUUGCACCCCAGUAUCUCUAUUUGCACAUAAUCUCUUGCACAUCUAGCAUUCCAGUGUUAAUACUAUUGUAAUUAUUCUGCACUAUAGCCUAUUUAUUGCCUUACCUCCAUAACUUGCUACAUUUGCACACACUGUAUAUAUAUUUUCUGUUGUAUUUUUGACUUUAUGUUUUUUACCCCAUAUGUAACUCUGUGUUGUUUUUAUUGCACUGCUUUGCUUUAUCUUGGCCAGGUCGCAGUUGUAAAUGAGAACCUGUUCUCAACUGGCUUACCUGGUUAAAUAAAGGUAAAAAAAAAAAAAUGCCAAUCUCUGUGUGUGUGUGUGUGUGUGUGUGUGUGUGUGUCUGUGUGUGUUUGUAGUGAGAUCUCUACCGGCGCCUCCAUCACCUGGAUGGAGUCAUUUGUCCCUACGAGGUCUGUGAAUACAAUGAUCUAUGCUGUCCUGGACUGCUCGGUCCUUGGGAAUGUGCAAGGCAAUUGGGCCAUCUGCAUCCAGGCCUGA